AUGGCCCGGUGCAUUUCUUGGCCCAGUAUUCCACAAGGUGAUAUCAGACAUCAUUUGGAUAAAUUUCAACCAGAGAAUUUUGAAAAGAAUUUACCUGCUUUGAAAGCGUUAUAUAAAUAUGCUCAUGAUGUUAAAAAUACAAGUUUGGAAUCAUUGGCAUUGUCUUGGAUUUUAAAAAUAUCUGGAUCUAAAAAUUUUAGAGGAAUUGAUCAAGUCACUAGAAUCUUACCAAUUCCUUCCGGUAGUACCAAAAAGAGAGUUGAAUCUAAUUUAGGAAGUUUGAUUGAAUUGACUGAUGAUGAUUUAGACGCUAUAGACAAGAUUUUCAAAGAUCACCCAAUCACCGGUUUAAGAUACAAUAAGGACCUCGAAGGAACUUUAUUCCAAUAA